GUGCAAUAAAAACUCAAUAUAUAUACAACAAAUCCACCCAUUAAUUUGCCACAGAGAUUUCUUCCUCUCUACUUUUUCGCCACCAUCUCUCUCUCUCUCUCUCUUUAAAACUGUCGAAGAUUCCGACUAUGUCCGGCGAAAACUGGAUUCGAGUGGCCAUGUCUGACGAUUCGUUGGUGGCUGACGCGCUGCUUCGACUCCGCCACUCGGAACCGCCGGCGAAGAGCGACGCGUCUCCUCUCAAGCUGAAAUGGAGCGUGCGUCAACGUAGAUCAAAGAAAGGAGACCAGGCGCGAGCCAGUCCCACGACACCGCUUUCCUGGAGCGGCGCCACGUCUCUCAGCGGUGGAGGUGGUAGCGGCGGCGGCGGUGCUACCACCGUGGAAGGCCUUGAGGAGUCCAGCGGCGCCGUAAAACCCUCUGAGACCAUUAGAUCUAAGAUCUCUCAAACGAGUGCAAUAACAACUACAAUAGCAGCAACAACUCUUUUCAAGAGAUCAAGGAAGAAAAAGACUUUGGUGGAGCUUAAAGAUGAAGAAGUCAUGCUCUUGAAGGAAAGAAAAGGCCUGAAUAAUGAGUUGGCAAGUAUGCGCGAUUUGGUCGAGCAACAAAGAAGAAGAAACAUUACUCUAAAGAAGAUGAAGGCUGAAUCACAAUCUGCCUUAUCCUGCAAACGCGCUCUCGAACAUGGUUCCUCCUUCUUGCUCCCUGACCUAAACAUGCCACUUGACACCGAUCCGAGCCCUGAAGUUAUUUGCUGAAGGGCGAGCCACGAGAAUAUGAUUCUUUUGUUUUUCCCCAUUCCAUAAGCAUCUUUUUUAACAUGUAACUAUAUGAAUAUGAAGAAGAUAGAUUUAGAUUAAUCAUAUACGUAUCCUCCUCACCCAUUGGGGCCAUUUCCCGUGGCCGCUGAAGAAAGGUUCGCCUCCGUGUUAGGAGGUGAUUCGAGUUUACGGUUAAGUGUUUCCUGACAUAUCUUCUGAUUUUUGCUCUGCCAUCUCCUCAUUAUCUUUCUCCCAUAUUUUCAUAGGAUGAGAUGUAAUUAUCUACAUAGGUAAUAGAAGAUGUACACUUUUUCAUUAAUUUCUUAUUAUUAUCUUUGUUAAGAUGUAUUGCAAGCUUACAUCGACCCGUUUGAUUACUUUUGUUAUUUGAUAUUAAUGGAUUCUUAUAUGAUGCCUAGUCUCUCUCUGUACAGUCUCCAAAUCAAAAUAAUCACUCAUCAUCAUGAGUCCUAAAUUAUAAAUAAUGGAAAAGAUAGAAUAUUUAUAUUUAUCAGUUGCUUUAAAAGCUAAAAGCCCUAGAAUUAAGUCUGAGUUUCAGUCUUUAACGACUCUUUAAGUGUCCAUCUCCGACCAAAAGGAAAAAAGGAAACACGAAAUGGCGUCUCUUGGCCAAAUCACCAUCCCACGAGCGCCGUCGUUUGACAUGAGCCUCCUACGCCGUCGAUUCGAUCGACCGAUGAGAACCCGAAUCGGAUUCAGCGGCCGGAUCGCGAGCGCAUUGAGUAACGUGGGGGAACAAACGCAGGUCUCGGCGAAACCGAGUUUGAGCCAGAGGGUGAUUGAAGAGGAGGCGAAAGUGAUGGUGGGGACCUACGCGCGUGCUCCGGUUGUGCUCUCCAGUGGGAAAGGUUGUAAAUUGGUGGACGCGGAAGGGAAAGAGUAUCUGGAUUGUGCAUCUGGAAUCGCCGUGAAUGCUCUUGGUCAUGGAGAUCCUGAUUGGCUUCAAGCUGUCACUGAGCAAGCUGCUCUUCUUGCCCAUGUCAGCAAUGUCUACUACACCAUCCCUCAGAUUGAACUCGCAAAACGCCUUGUGGCGACUUCUUUCGCAGACCGUGUCUUCUUUUGCAACUCUGGAACGGAAGCCAACGAAGCAGCCAUCAAGUUUUCUAGAAAGUUUCAGAGAUUCACCCAUCCUGAAGACAAGCAAGUCUCGACAGGCUUCAUCGCCUUCACAAAUAGUUUCCACGGACGAACCUUAGGAGCUCUUGCCUUGACAAGCAAAGAACAGUACAGAACUCCUUUCGAGCCCAUCAUGCCAGGAGUAACAUUCUUAGAAUACGGUAACAUUGAAGCAGCCGCAGAUGUUAUCCGCUCGGGGAAAAUAGCCGCUGUGUUUGUGGAGCCUAUUCAGGGAGAAGGCGGGAUUCACUCUGCUACAAAAGAGUUUCUCCAGUCUCUUCGCUCUGCUUGUGAUGCUGCUGGAGCUCUUCUCGUCUUCGAUGAGGUUCAAUGUGGGUUGGGUCGAACUGGUAACCUUUGGGCAUAUGAAGCAUUCGGUGUAACUCCUGACAUAAUGACGGUUGCAAAGCCUUUAGCCGGUGGUUUGCCUAUAGGAGCGGUGCUCGUGACGGAAAGAGUUGCUGAGACGAUAAAAUACGGAGAUCAUGGAAGCACGUUUGCAGGGAACCCUCUGGUGUGCAGUGCAGCCAUUGCUGUUCUUGAUAAAGUAUCGAAACCCUCUUUCUUGUCCAGUGUGGGGAGCAAAGGUCGACACUUUAAGGAUCUGCUGGUGAAGAAAUUAGGAGGAGACACGCACGUGAAGGAAGUGAGAGGAGAAGGGCUCAUCAUAGGAGUGGAGCUCCAUGUCCCAGCGAAUCCAUUGGUCGAUGCUUGCCGUGAUUCGGGUCUUCUGAUCUUGACGGCCGGGAAAGGGAAUGUCGUCAGGAUUGUUCCGCCGUUGAUUAUAUCCGACGAGGAAAUCGAACGUGCGGUUGAGAUUAUAUCCCACAAUUUAACUGCGCUUGAUUGAAGAUUGAGGUUUAUUAGCACGGCUACAGGAUAAGCAGCACAACAACGAAAAAGGUUGUCGACUUUUGGUGUGCGUUUUCAAAUAUCUGUACUUUUCUUAGUUAUCGAUAAGAUACUUGAAUACAUAAUGGUGGUUUUCAAUUCAGACACAUGACUUCAAGUGUAUCCACUGUUGUCCUUAUGAUAACGUUGUAGACUCCACAGCUAUUGGUUUUGAAGCGAAGAUUGCAGCAACCUUGGGAACG